AUGGCGGCUACCGCGGAGUGCGAUGUGGUAAUGGCGGCCACCGAGCCAGAGCUGCCCGACGAGGAAGGAGCGAAGAGGGAAGCGGAGUCUUUCAAGGAACAAGGAAAUGCAUACUAUGCCAAGAAAGAUUACAAUGAAGCUUAUAACUACUAUACAAAAGCCAUCGACAUGUGUCCUAAAAAUGCUAGCUAUUAUGGAAAUCGAGCAGCCACCUUGAUGAUGCUCGGAAGGUUCCGGGAAGCUCUUGGAGAUGCACAGCAGUCGGUGCGGUUGGAUGACAGUUUCGUCAGGGGACAUCUACGAGAAGGCAAAUGCCACCUAUCUUUAGGGAAUGCCAUGGCAGCCUGUCGCAGUUUCCAGAGAGCGCUAGAAUUGGAUCACAAAAAUGCUCAGGCACAACAAGAGUUCAAGAAUGCUAACGCAGUCAUAGAAUAUGAGAAAAUAGCAGAAACGGAUUUUGAGAAGCGGGAUUUUCGGAAGGUAGUUUUCUGCAUGGAUCGUGCACUAGAAUUUGCUCCUGCUUGCCAUCGCUUCAAAAUCCUCAAAGCAGAAUGUUUAGCAAUGUUGGGUCGUUAUCCAGAAGCACAGUCUGUGGCUAGUGACAUUUUACGCAUGGAUUCCACCAAUGCGGAUGCUCUGUAUGUCCGAGGUCUUUGCCUUUAUUAUGAAGAUUGUAUUGAGAAGGCGGUUCAGUUUUUUGUGCAGGCUCUCAGAAUGGCUCCUGACCAUGAGAAGGCCUGUGUUGCUUGCAGAAAUGCCAAAGCACUGAAAGCAAAGAAAGAAGAUGGAAAUAAAGCCUUUAAAGAAGGAAAUUACAAGCUAGCAUAUGAACUGUACACAGAAGCCCUGGGGAUAGAUCCCAACAAUAUAAAAACAAAUGCUAAGCUCUACUGUAAUCGGGGUACGGUUAAUUCCAAGCUUAGGAAACUAGAUGAUGCAAUAGAAGACUGCACAAGUGCAGUGAAGCUCGAUGACACUUACAUAAAAGCCUACUUGAGGAGAGCUCAGUGUUACAUGGACACAGAACAGUAUGAAGAAGCAGUGCGGGACUAUGAAAAAGUGUAUCAGACGGAGAAAACAAAAGAACACAAACAACUCCUUAAAAAUGCACAGAUGGAACUAAAGAAGAGUAAGAGGAAAGAUUACUACAAGAUUCUGGGAGUGGACAAGAAUGCCUCUGAGGAUGAGAUCAAGAAAGCUUAUCGGAAACGGGCCUUGAUGCACCAUCCAGAUCGGCACAGUGGAGCCAGUGCUGAAGUUCAGAAGGAGGAGGAGAAAAAGUUCAAGGAAGUUGGAGAAGCUUUUACCAUCCUCUCUGAUCCCAAGAAAAAGACUCGCUAUGACAGUGGACAGGACCUGGAUGAGGAGGGCAUGAAUAUGGGUGAUUUCGAUGCAAACAAUAUCUUCAAGGCAUUCUUUGGAGGGCCUGGGGGCUUCAGCUUUGAAGCAUCUGGUCCUGGGAAUUUCUUUUUUCAAUUUGGCUAA